CACUACUCCGAGUACCUGGUGACGGCCAUCAACAACCCGCGCAGCCUCUCGCUCGACUCCUUCCUGCUCAACCACAGCUUCGAGUACAACCUGGCCGCGCUGUCCUCCUGGGUGGAGUUCGCCCUCGAGAAGUUCCUGUGUCCCGAAAUGAAGCAGGUCGCGUGGCUCAGCACGGCGGGGCUGCUCAUGGUGAUCUUCGGGGACUGCCUGCGCAAGGCCGCCAUGCUCACGGCCGGCUCCAACUUCAACCACAUCGUGCAGAACGAGAAGUCGGACACGCACACGCUGGUGACGAGCGGGGUGUACGCGUGGUUCCGGCACCCGUCCUACGUGGGAUGGUUCUACUGGAGCAUUGGAACGCAGGUCUUGCUGUGCAACCCCGUGUGCGCCGUGGGCUACACGCUGGUGUCCUGGCGCUUCUUCAGGGAGCACCUGGAGGAGGAGGAGAUCACGCUCAUCCACUUCUUCGGGGAAGAGUACCUCGAGUACAAGAAGAGGGUGCCCUCGGGCCUGCCCUUCAUCAGGGGAGUGAAGGUGGAGCCGUAG